CUCGCAGACUCAAAGGAAACAAACAGCUCGAGGCGGUCGGACGGUUGAAAUUUCAGAUUAUGGCGCAGGGAAAAGGGAAAAUCAAGAAGGCCGCAGCGCCAAAAAAACAUCAAAAAAAGGCUCUUGGGCCAAAGAAGGGAGCAAGAACCAUUGCUCCUAAGAACAAGACGACUGUCAAAGCAGCAAAAGUAAAGAAGGCUCUUGAAGUAACCAUCAAGGCAAAUAUUGAGCAACAGCUUACUCAAGUGGCAGUCAGUAAGCAGUCCAAGCCAUUAAAGAUGGUGAAAGCAGCGGCAGGAAAACCACCAGCUAAGAAGAAGGGUGGAGGAAAAAAGAAGAAAUAACUUGACUGUCUGACACUGACACUUUAAAGAUUUGCUGUAUAUACAAAGCAUCCAUACUAUUUCAACACAUUAUAGUUUACUAGUCUUUUUUGCAUUGUUUUAUAUCAAUUUUGCUUCAGACCACACUAUAUAUAUAUAUAUAUAUGAAUAUGGUGUGUGCAUCUUACUUUAUUAAAAACUGGAUCAUUGGA